GUUUCUGACGCUUGAAAUAAACUCUCCAUCUUGUCCCUGUUCCAACGUGGGAGUUCAUCAACCGCAAGAGGCAAUUUUGGCCGAAAUCAACCCACUUUACCUCAUACGCUCCACAACGCACCACGGUGGAGAAACGCUUUGACACCUCUCCAGCUUGUCUCCAGAUGAAGGCGAACGUUCUUGAAGGAACAACCUUGAAGGGUGGGGGUUGCAGUUGUGACAGAACAUCCGUUUCUGACAGGAGAAAAUGGUCUCAACGGACGACGAUGUUUUCCUCGUCUCCAAUAAUUUUCUUCCACAUCCAACACGAUGUGCUCUCACGGAUCCGCCAUAGUGAAUGGCCGUGAACAUCCUUCUCCAACAACUACAUAUCCAUUGCGAGCCAUUGGUCCCGUAGGAAGGCGAAUCACCAGCAUCUACCAAAAACGCCUGGACAACUUCUUCACACCGGGACAAUGGGAGAAGGUCAAUCUCCUUGCAGUCCUGAAAGACGGGGUAUACUCUGGCCCUGAAAACGUCAAAUUGUCUGUUUGGUCUGCACCUGGCACGACUCGCCCGACAUUCAAAAAGGCAACAGAUAAUUCGAAUAAAUACGAACAGACUCGAACAGGUGAGGCUUUUGGACCUUCUUGGACAACACAUUGGUUCAGAGCUUCUCUUGCGGUCCCCCAGGAGUUGUGCCAAGGCGACAUUCCAGUUGAGCUGCACUGGGACUGCGACAAUGAAGCAACAGUUUGGUCCGAGAACGGUGAGCCACUUCAAGGUUUGACUGGGCGAGGAGAACGAGUCGAGUGGAUUCUACCAAAAUCGUUCAAAGACGGGAAGGAGCACACCCUCUACAUCGAAAUGGCAUGCAACGGCAUGUUUGGCAAUGGCCCAGGAAGACCAAUCUUCAAGAAUAAUGCAGGCGGUGACUCGAUCCAACCUCCUGAUCAAAAUAAGCACUUCAAGCUUUCAAAAGCGGAGCUUGUUGCACCGAACAUGCAAGCUCGUAUGCUUUCUGUGGACUUCCGAAUCAUUCAUGAUGCAGCACUUGAACUUCCAGAGGAUUCUUGGGAACAGCAUGAGGCCUUGAGCGUUGCUUCCAGGAUUAUCGACAACUUCAAUGUUGCGGACAAGACUUCUAUCUUGAGGUGUCGGAAGAUUGCAGAGGAAUACCUUGGGAAGGAAAUUGACUCGGAGAAAGUCUAUGGGAGCGUCAAUGCUAAAACGCCUACUGUUUAUGCAGUCGGCCAUUGUCAUAUCGAUACCUGUUGGCUGUGGCCCUGGGCAGAAACAAGACGAAAAGUCGUUCGGUCGUGGUCAAACCAGUGUGAUCUGAUGGAUAGAUACCCAGAGCUGAACUUUGCUUGUUCGCAAGCCCAACAGUUCAAAUGGCUCAAAGAAGAUUAUCCCUAUGCCUGGGAGCGAGUAAAGUCGAAAAUCAAAUCUGGGCAAUUCCACCCGAUCGGAGGAUGCUGGAUCGAACAUGACACCAACCUCCCAGGCGGGGAAUCCUUGGUUCGACAGUUCUUGUACGGCCAACGCUUCUUCGAAGCAAACUUUGGAACUCGAUCCACCACGUGCUGGCUCCCAGACUCAUUCGGUUUCUCAAGCCAGCUGCCCCAGCUUUGUAGGCAGGCGGGGAUGAACCGGUUUCUCACUCAGAAGCCUUGCUUUAAUAGUGUCAACGACUUUCCGCAUACGAGUUUCAAUUGGGUAGCGCUUGACGGAAGCCAAGUCAUCUGCCAUAUGCCUCCAUGUAAGACGUAUUGCUCAGAGGCCAGCUUUGGAGAUAUCAAACGAAGCAUCUCGAAUCACAAGUCUCUGGACCAAGACAACACUGCCCUAGUCGCGUUCGGCAAGGGUGACGGCGGUGGUGGCCCAACAUGGCAGCACAUGGAGCGGCUUCGGAGACUCCGAGGCAUGGCUGACACAAUUGGCCAGAUUCCCCGAGUUCAUUCUGGUGGCACAGUGGACGAAUUCUUCGAUAACUUGGAGAAGAAAGCCAGUUCUCUCGUAACCUGGUACGGCGAACUUUACUUCGAACUGCAUCGUGGUGUGUAUACCACCCAGGCGAGCCAAAAGUCAAAUAAUCGGAAGUCGGAGUUUCUGUUGAGGGACAUUGAGCUGCUUGCGACGAUCGCUUCCAUUCGGGAUAGGUCGUAUCGAUAUCCGAAAAAGGAGCUGAAUGAGAUGUGGGAGGGGGUUUUGCUGUGCCAGUUUCAUGAUUGCCUUCCAGGAAGCGCGAUCAAGAUGUGUUACGAUGAUUCAAAUGAGAUAUACGCCAAUAUCUACAAAAUUGGCUACACGCUCCUUCGAACGAUCUACCCAGUUCUCGGCAUCAGCGAUUCCGGAACGAAAUCAAGCACCAACUUCCAGAACACUCUGGCACUGAACACUUUGCCGUGGCCUCGACAAGAAAUCGUCAAGAUAUCCGAGAAUCAAGCGGUCAUAGCUAGUGGUGAUAGCAACUUGCUUUCUGUGACAGAGUUUGGUGCGUCACAGGAGGAAAAGCUUGUGACUAUCCAAGAGUCCGCGCUUGGCGUCUUUGUGCUGCAGAAUAGCCAACUCUCGGUCACUGUCCAAGACGGAUGCAUCACCUCCCUCUACGACCGAAAAGCAAAGAGAGAAGUCCUCUCCGGCAAGGCAAACAAGUUCGUCAUCUUCGAUGACCAGCCAAUUUACUGGCAAGCCUGGGACGUUGAGGUAUACCAUCUUGAGACUCGCCAAGAACUCCAUUCAUCAACCACUACUAUCUUAGAGAACACGCCGUACCAAGUCAGUGUGGUGACAGAGACCAAGGUCAGCGAGAUGAGCUCGAUUCGGUCAACGAUCACGCUCGCUUCUGCCUUUGACGGUCAGCAGUCCUAUGUUGAGUGCUCAGCCGAGAUCGACUGGCAUGAAACCAUGAAGUUCCUCAAAGUCGAAUUUCCCGUGGGUGUGCGGAAUACCGAGGCAAGCUAUGAAACUCAAUUUGGUAUCAUAAAGAGACCAACUCAUUACAACACUUCAUGGGACAUGGCCAAAUUUGAAGUCUGCUGCCACAAAUUUGCCGACCUUUCGGAGUACAAAUAUGGUGUCUCCAUCCUCAACGACAGCAAAUACGGCUUCGCCACCGCUGGAGACGUGAUGCGACUUUCCCUCCUCCGCUCACCGAAAGCGCCAGAUGAUACCGCUGACAUGGGGCACCAUUCUAUUCGUUGGGCCAUCAUGCCUCAUCAAGGUGAACUGGGUGCUGAGACCGUUCGGGCGGCUUUUAAUUUCAAUAACCCACUAAAGCUCGUCUCUACAACGAAGGAGUCAUGUCUAAAUAUUUUUCCGAUUGUGUUGAAAGGAGACGAUAAUUUGAUUCUUGAUACCGUGAAGCGGGGUGAGGAUGACGAGGAUGUGACCACGGAUAACUUGCCAAAGAAAGUGGGUAGAAGCGUUAUCGUUCGUGUGUAUGAUGCGUUAGGGGGACGCGGGAGGGGGAUCGUUGAGACAACAUGGGCUGUAAGCAAGGUGUUCAAAACGAAUCUGUUGGAGGACGAUGGCGAUGAAGUUCUUUUCAAGGAUGGGAAGUUCGAAGUGGACCUAGGUACCUUCCAAGUUGCUACCUACCGACUGGUUUUGGCAUGAACAAGCGUGCGCAUGGCCGGAUUAGAGAAAAUUUGUGGUACUGUAUAGCCUGUCUAAAACUGUAGUCCUCGUAGUAGGUUCCCGGUGUCAAAUGCACACGGAUUCUCC